AUGGCGUUCGACGGCUCUGCAAAUACGAACACCGCUCUACAGAGUUCUGUCGCCUUUCUUCAAAUCCAGAAAAAUGCGAGCCUGAAGAGGUCAACGUCGAUGAAUGAGGACGUUUUUCGAAUUUUCCGACAGACUGGUAGACGGAUUGCUCUGAUAAAGCAACAGGUGGAGAGAGAACGCUGUACAUAUUUAAAGGAUUCAUACACAGAGAAAAAUCAACUUUAUAAAGAACUUGCGGGGAUUUUUCAUUCCAAGAAGACUCUCAUGGAAAAGAACCGACAAAUUAGGGGAGAUGCAAAUUCGGCUGUAUCUUUACCUGCAUUGCGUUCGCGUGUAAGUCUUACAGAAGGUACUAAUUGCAACAAUGACUGCGAUAAACAAUUCAGUGCCCAUAAAACGUUGAAGGAAUUGCGUUCAAUCAAUGUCAAUGUGCUAAAGCGAUGCGAGUGUUGCAGACGACGGGCUUUUCGAACUGUUGACAGUGAGGAUGAUGUGGACGAUGGAUUCGACGAAGACGCUUUUCAGUGCGAGAACAAUGGUCAGGCUCCCGAUGACAAAACACAAGACAAAGCGAGGAGAAGGAAAAGCCAAGUUAACAAGGAGAAGAAGACGUUGGUUCAGUUUAGUAGGUGUGAUGAUGUUAGAAUACCCACAACACAGCGAGUUCAAGCUGGAAUGUGGGCUUUAAAAAAGCAGACAUAUGGGCGAUCUCAACCAAUGAAGAAAAAAUCGGUGAGUUUUCAAGUGAAUGGAUCCACAACAAAGUUACAUCCUGCCGAGGAGAAAGCUGCUUCGACUACUCCAAGUCUAACUGCAUCUACCAGACCAACACUCAAAUCCAGGGCAAGCAUUAAACUUGAAUGUCAAGCCAACAAAAACAACGCAAGGCUACACCUGGAGGGCAAUGACUGGACCUCUCACGUUGAAACCGUACAAGAGAGAAAAAUCAACAGUAGUAAUACAAUCUCGGGAUUAUCAAAAGCUUAUUGCGCUUUCAGAAACUUACUCAGGAAAUUGGAAGAAGAAAAUCAGGGGGAGGAAGUCGCUGAUGAUGAAGAUGAUAGAUGUGAAAGUCAUGAGGAUUUGUGUGCCAGUCGACCAGCAUCCAACAUGUCCAGAACAGACUCGAGAUGGCUUCCUUUGCGCCGGUGUUCGGACACGCUUUCUCUUCGCCUGAAUUCAUGGACUACUGGAGGUUUGGAGCCAGCUUGCAUGGAAAGUUUUAAUGAAAAAGGUGAAGGCGCAGAUCAGGACACUUUGACACCAGGACAUAGCUUUAAUCUGGAUUGA